AGCAACAGAUUUUGAAAUUGAGAAAACAGUUGAAAUGGUCCACUAUAUUACUGAACUACUUUUGUUUUCCUUACGUUUGCUUUUAACGCUUUUCAUAACUAGGGCACCGUAAAUUUUGACUUGAGAUCAAAAGUAUGGUUGCCAACACUCUAUAAUUUGACUUCACAACAUUUUACGCGACUGAUAAAAAUCUACUGUAGUUGAUAUCAAUUUCUUCGACCAUCCAGAGUCAUGAGUAAGAAAGGAGGCAAAAGUGGGAAAGGAAAGGGACAGGGGAAAAAGGGGAAACAACCUAGUGCUAAACAACCUGCCCUUGUGGACGAUGCAACAAAACAGUUUUUUGUUUGGCAAAUAAACAUUCUCGAGGAAAAAGUUAUCAGGUAUCAAAAGCAAAAUGAUGAGCUUAUUGUGGCUAGUAACAACUUUCAGGACAAACUUGAUCAGUGUAUCGCAGACAAGAAUGACAUCAUCAAUUUUUAUAAAAAUCAAUUAGACGCCAAAAUAAAUGCCUACAAUGAUAUAAAUGACAAAUUCCUGACACUGAAACAGAUACUGGAGAAUGAGCAAGAGCACUGUCGGAAACAAAUGGCACAUAUCAGACGAGAAGCAGAUGAAACCCAGAGCUUGAUUGUGGCAGAGAAUAUGUCCUUAAACUCCAAGUUAGCAAGCCUUGAAGAAUUUCGAAUUCAGAAAGAUCAGAUGACUGCUAAACUGGAAUCAUUAGAGGAAGAGCUGGCCAACAAGAAUGAGGAAUAUAAUGAGAUCAUAGCCUCCAUGGAACAAAAGCUUGUGUUUGAUAGAGAGAGACUGAAAGCAGAAAUGAUUGCUAGAAUUAAAAAAGUUGCUGCUGAGUUUAGACGAGUGACGGAGAAAACUUUGAACACAACAAUCAAACGAACGCUGAAUGAGAAUGUCAUGGUCUCGGCCCAGUUGGCCAAAAUGUCUGACAAAACAGUGGAACUGAUCGAAGAGAACGACAGACAGAGUGCCAACACAAUCAAGCUGGAGCAGAAGAUUAAUUUAUUGGAAUCCAAUGAAAAACUGCUGACUAAAAGAUUUCAAAAGGGGCUUAAGUUAUUGAACACCCUGAAACAUGAAUGUAAAGAACAACAAGAUCUCAUUGAAACACUGCAAGCCAAACUCAGAAGUUACGAAGACAUGAAUACAGACGUUGAAGAGCUCAAGUCACGCAUUGACAUAUUAAAUAAAGAACUGAAACGACAGUCAGAGAUGAAUGAAGGCCUGACACAGCAAAAUCUCCGCUUCCGGCUUUCCAGUCUCGUUGACACAGACUCAAGAACUGAGAUGGAGCAACUAUUUGCUAAUGCUGUUGAUGCCAUCAAGGAAUCUGUGAUGAUGAUGGAUUCUGACACAGACUCUACUGAAGACUACAGUGCACGUGCGGUUGACUAUAAAUUAUUGAAACAAAAUAUGUUGGAAAGUCUAGUGGUGCUGCUAAAGAGCUCUGCUGCUUUGGGUAUCAGACCUUUCACACAGCAGAUUGAAGACAAGACUCCACUUCCCAAGAAAACUAUUUCCUUUAUACCUGGAGCCAAACACAACUGGACCAGCAAAAAUGUCAGGCCCCAUUAUUUAAAAGGUGACUUAGGACUGAUACCUGGACCACUUGAUCAAAUUCCUACAGCACUGGACAAAAUGAAGAAGAUAAGUCGAUCAGUAGAGUACAGCAAAUACCGCAGCAUAUUGCUUAAAACCUAUGGCACCCAGACCGAAUGUACACCUAUAUCUCUACUGUAUACUGGACAUGUGUUUGGACAAGAAAGCAUACACCAGGCCACAAGCAAACAGGAAAUGAAGAAGCCUAUCAUGGAGUCUGGUUCCAAUAUCAAGCCAAAAAGGUUUUUUAGUAAUUUCUGACUUAUAUUUAAGAUACCAACCAUGUCUAGAUUUAAGUACUUUUUCUUUCUUUUUUUUAUAUCAGUAUAUACAUUUAUUUGAUACUAUAUAGAUUAUACAUUCAUAUUUUGUAGGAAUUCUAUUAAUGACUAAACUAAUUACUUGCAGCGAAAAAUAAAGUUGUUCCAAAUGUG